GCUUUCAAGUUCUUAUUUAAAUAUAAACCAUAAAAGAUAAAGCCAACUCAGUCUUUGAGAGAAGCUAUCAUAGUUUCUUCGUUGUAUGUUACCUUGCAGCUUUGGUAACCGACUCUCUCUCUCUCAAAUGUGACUCUGUACGUGCGAUUCUGCCAAAACCAGUACGGAUAUUUGAGCAAACUAGUGUCCAUUGUGUACCAAAAAUACCCUUUGCGCCCUCUAAAAUAUCUCAACACACUACUCUUACCCCUUAGUUUUUUAUUUCUCCACUCACUUCUCUCUGUUCUGUGAACCUGCAAAGAUGAGUAAACAAGACAUGAUGAAGAUUCAGAAUUGCCUUCUCAAGGUUAAUAUCCACUGUGAUGGUUGUGAGCAUAAAGUAAAGAAACUGCUGCAGAAAAUUGAUGGGGUGUAUUCUGUGAAUAUAGAUGCUGAGCAAGGGAAGGUGCUGGUGUCAGGUCAUGUAGAUCCAGCUAAACUCAUAAAAAAGCUGAAAAGUUCAGGGAAGCAUGCUGAACUAUGGGGUGGCCAGAGGGGCAUGAUGUAUAAUCAAAACUCUCACACAUACCCUCAGUUCAAGAACAUGCAAAUAGAUAACAGCAAAGGGGGUAAGGACAAUAAGUCUCAGAAUCAGAAGGGUCAGAAAGGUGGUGGUGGUGGUGGAGGAGGAGGAGGUGGUGGUGGUGGUGGUGGUGGUGUUCAACUAGCACACUUCCAGAAUACUAAAGGGGCUAAAGAUCUCAAAGUACCGGGCAAAAAUCAAAAAUCUGUCAACUUUAUCUUGCCAGAGGAUGAAUUUGACGAGAGUGAUGAUGGUUAUGAUGAAUUUGGCGACUACAAUGAGUCUGAAGAUGAUUUUGAGGAUUAUGAAGAGGAUGAAGAGGAAGACUAUGGUCAUGGUCAUGGUCAUGGUAAUGGACAUGGCCACCCUAUGCAUACCAAGAUGAUGCCCAUGAUGGGGAUGGGCCGUGGGCCACAAGGCCCUGCUGGUAUGAUGAAUGGGCCUGCCAUGAACAACCAUAAAGGGAAUGGUUUUGGUGGUGGGGGUGGUAAUUAUGGGAGUGCCAAGAAAGGUGAAGUCAUUGAUAUACCUAUACAGAUGAAGGGUAAAGGUGGAAACUUCAACGAGGUUAAAAAUGGCGGUGGAGGAAAAAAAGGUGGUGGAGAUGGUGGUGGUAAAAAGAACAAAGAGGGAAAGCAAAAGGGUGGCGGUGAUAAUAAUGGUAGCAAGAAAAAGAAUGCCAAAGGCAAAAAUGGUGGUGGUGGUGGUGGUUUUCUAGUUAGGUUUCUAGGCCUUGGUAAAAAGAGCAAGAAGGGAGGUGCAGCCGACACAUCAAACAAGAACAAAAACAAUGGUGGUGGAAACAACAAAGGUAAAGAAGGGAAAAAAGGUGGAGAAGGGAAAAUGGACAAAAUUGAUUUUGACUUUCAAGAUUUUGAUAUCCCUAGUCAUGGUAAAAAAGGCAAGGGUGGCCCUGGCAAGGUUAACAAUAAUAAUAAUGGUCCUAGUGGUCAUAAUGGUAAUGUGGGCCACAUGGGUCCAAUGGGCCAGAUGGGUCCAAUGGGCCAGAUGGGUCCAAUGGAACAUAUGAGGAAUAUUCCGGCGGUGCAAGGGCUACCGGCUGCGGCGGCGAUGAACGGUGGUUACUAUCAAGGCAUGCAGAUGCACAUGCAACCCAAUAACCCUUACACCCUUCAGCAGCAACAGCAACAGCAGUACAUGGCUAUGAUGAUGAACCAACAACAACAACAACAGCAGCACCACCAGCAGCAAGCAAAUAUGAACAUGUACCCACCACAUAUGAUGUAUGGGAGGCCACAUCCGUCUGUGAACUACGUGCCGCCGCCGCCUAUGCCGUCACACCCCAUGGCGGAUCCUAUCACGCAUGUUUUCAGUGAUGAGAACACUGAGAGCUGCAGUAUCAUGUAAAUUAUUAGUGGGUACUAGUUUGUCUUCAGUUUCUAUUGUUUGUAGUCUUUUUUUGGGGUUCAUCAAAUUUUGUUGUGAUGUUAGGAAAUGUGCAACAUUUUAGGAUUAUUUGACUUAUCAUUAUCUUAUGCUGUUUGUUUUAUUUUGCUCCGUGUCCUGCGUUAAAACAAAACUUACGCGGUGUGACAGACUUUCACAUGCCCCUUGCUGUAAUGU